CGAUUUCGCUUCGACCAUGAACAAGCUGCUCCUCGGACUCUACCUCCUCAUGACGCUGGUCGCCAUGGCCAUGGCCGACCUCAACAAGACCGAAAUCGCCGACGCCGGCAAGGACGGCGUCCACGCGCUCAACAAGACGCUCGGCGACCUCAACCAGACCGCGGCCGUCCUCGACAAGCACAUCAACGACUUCUUCGAUGUCUCGGACGCCGACACGACCGAGAAGGUGUGGAAGUCGGCGAUUGUGCUCGCCAUUGGUGCGGCUGGCUUCGUCGUCGGUGUCUUUGGCUACAAGCUCGUCAAGCCCGUGACGUUCAUCUGCGGCUUCGGCGUCGCCGGUGUCUUCUGCCAAGCCGUCUUCUCGGCGCUGAUCGCUGGCAAGGCCGUGCCGAUCAUUGCGUUCAUCCUCGGCGGUCUCAUUGGCGGUGCGCUCAGCGUCUACUUUUACCGCGCCGGCGUCUUUAUCGUGGGUAUCUUUGGUGGCAUGGCGCUCGGCUUUGAGCUCGCGCAAGUCUCGAGCGCGGGCAACACGGUCACCAUCAUUCUGGUCGUUGUCUCGGCGCUUGUUGUCGCCGGCCUUGUCCUCUACCUCGAGAAGCCGGUCAUGAUCAUGGCGAGCUCGUUCUCUGGCGCGGCCAUCGUCGUCCGCGUCAUUGGCUUCUUCGCCGGCAACUACCCGACGGGCACGGACUUUGCGAGCGAGACGGAGGCAGUCAAGAAGGCGUUCUGGUUCUACUUUGCGGGCCUGAUCGCGCUCACGAUCAUCUACGCGAUUGUCCAGUACCGCGUGACGGCCGUCGGCAUCGACUACGGCCUCGGCAAGGACGCCAAGAAGGAAGCGGAGAAGGCGCAGAAGGCCGCGCAGCCCCAGACGGGCACGCAGCCCGUCAACAUGGUCUAAAGCGGUCCAUCCCUUUUUGACGCCUUUUGUGAAUCCCUGUGCGAUAUUCAACGACGAGUGUCUAUAUUGAGAUGCG